AUGGAGCCUGACUUCCCACUGACAGCACGUAGCAUACGUCUGACAACCAGACCUGUUAAUGCCAAAGUUAACCUAUCGGUUCCUAUCCCCAAAACAAGGAACCCCAGCAUAAGCUCUUCCAGGAAUGUUUCAGUCAAUGUAAGCCAGAAAGUGCUCACAGGCAAAACAAAAAAUGAUUCUGGGAGAAAAUAUGUCUUAUCCAGCUUGACUGAAGGUAAAGUGUCGCAAGUCUCCACACUGCCACUUUCUCCUAAAAAGAACCUUUCAGGUCCUACCUCCAACACACGGGAUUCCAGUAACUGCUCAAAGAUGAUUUCAGCCAAUGAGAGACAGAAGGUGUUCACAAAAAGAACAAAAAUCGAUUCUGAGAAGAAACAUGUCUUACCCAGCUUGACUCAAGAGAAGGAACACAUUACUAAGAAUGAGUAUAUUAAUUUGGUUGGAAUGAAGCCAUCAAAUUUUAAAAGAGAAAAGGAUAGAUUUUUCAAAUCAAACUUUAUGUACAACCCUCAGUUUGACUUUGGUAAACCUCCCCUGCCAUCUGCCUCAGUCCAGCACAGCCAGGCUUCCAAUAGAUUUCUGCAAGUGGCUAUUAAUAUCAUACAAAACACACUCAAAAAAUAUAAAAAUUAUGAAAACUAUGAACAAGUCACAGGAGGAAAUCUUCUAACAACGAAGCAGAUCUAUCAGCAAGCACGCAAAUACAUGGAGACUGAAGGUUGUCAAGGGGAGAUCGCUGUUAAUAUCACUGAAGAUGUAGUUUCACAAGCCUCUAUGGGAACUGUGAAAAGGCAACCUACAAUGACAAUAAAUGUCUCUAUGGCACGAGAACAGUGGCUACAAGGGACACUGAGACAUGAGAUUGGAACUCAUUAUUUUAGAACUGUCAACAACAGUAAACAGCCAUGGAAUAACAGCAAAGGUCGAGAAAAGUAUGGUCUGGAACCAGCAAAUCCAACUGAGGAAGGACUGGCAACCAUCCACAGCCUUUUAUUUCAUCCUGAUCCCGAUUUGUGCAGAGUUGCCCUAUUGUACUAUACUAUCUACCAAGCAAGCUCUAUGUCCUUCAGUGAACUAUUUGAGCAUUUGAAAAUAUUUGUCAAAGACCCAGAUGCCAGGUGGUAUUAUUGUGUACGAGCAAAGAGGGGCCAGACAGACACAUCACAGCCAGGAUGUUGUAAUAAGGAUCAGGUGUACCUUGAAGGUGUUCUACACAUCCUAAGGCACAGGCAUGCCAUAGAUUUCAAGCUUUUAAUGGCAAUGGGAAAGGUUUCCUAUUUGGAUGUAAACCGUCUUAAAAAGGUUGCCAUGCUCAGCAAGCCGAGGAUCCCUAAUUUUCUCAAGGACAGGAACCAGUACAUGAUGCGUCUGGAAAAGAUAAUGCAAGUCAACAAACUAACAGACACCGUACUAAGAAAGCUUGUCGAUUGA